UGUGUGCAAUUGUCUGCUGUGACAUUUGUUUAUCUCUACGCCCACUCGACCGGGGUUGACAAGAGAGAAGUUGACCGCUCUUUUCGUCGGAGCCGAGCUCCUCGGAUAAUUGCAGUCGGUGCUUCUGAACCAGACGACCUACAGCCUCAGAUGCAUGAUCCUUAUCGCGCCUCUCCGUUUGCCGUCAAGUCCGGACAAGCAUCAAAGUGGGUCCGUAACCAAGGCGGGCUGCGACAACCCCGUCUCGGCUGGUUUACACUGCACUCUUGCCUGACCGGAUAG